AUGCCUUCUCUACUUGGAAAAGAAAUCGGCUCUACUGGCUAUGGCAUGAUGAGAAUGACCUGGGUUGCGCAGCCUCCCUCAGACGAGGUGUGCUUUGAUACACUUAACACUACUCUGGAACUGGGUGCCAACUUCUGGAACGCUGGCGAGCUGUACGGCACUCCAGAGUACAAUUCUAUGCACCUGCUCAACAAAUACUUCACCAAGUACCCCGAGAAUGCAGACAAGGUCGUUCUCAGUGUCAAGGGUGGCUUAAAGGUGGGCCAGCUUGUCCCGGACAGCUCCGAAGAGAACAUCCGUCGUAGUGUGGAUGAAUGUCUGCGUUUGCUUGAUGGCAAGAAGAAGCUUGACAUUUUCGAAUGUGCGCGACAAGACCCCAGUGUUCCCAUUGAGGAGACCAUCAAAGUUCUCGCCGAGUAUGUCAAAGAGGGCAAGAUUGGAGGAAUUGGAUUGAGCGAGGUUGAUGCUGAGACAAUCCGCCGAGCACAAAAGGUGCACCCAAUUGCUGCCGUCGAGGUUGAAAUGUCCUUAUGGUCCACCGAUAUCCUCCAUAAUGACGUUGCCAAAACCUGCGCGGAGCUCGAGAUCCCCGUUGUCGCUUACUCGCCACUUGGCCGAGGUGUUCUGACCGGAGCUGUGACCUCGUUGGCCGAUAUCCCCGAAGAUGAUUUCCGGCGCCACCUGUCCCGCUUCCAGGAAGAGAACUUCCAGCACAACCUGAAGCUCAUCAAUGAGGUCAACGACCUUGCUAAUCGCAAAGAUCUUGCUCCUGCUCAGAUUGCCCUGUCAUGGAUCCGUACUUUGAGUGAAAAGCCCGACAUGCCUACUAUUAUUCCCAUCCCUGGCGGUACUACGAAGGACAAGGUGGUUCAGAACAUGGGCGGUGCACAAACGCUAACGGAGUCUGAGAUGGCGGAGAUCGAUGCUAUCUUGGAGGAACACACGGUUUCUGGAACGAGAUAUUAG